AGCCGAGUUCGUAGCUCGUAGCGUUAUCGGGAAAACGCGGGAAAGCGAUUUUCGCAGUCCACAGUACGCGGCUCAGUCGGCUCGCGCCUGCCGUGAGAGAUGGUUGUCUCCUUGCGUUCGUUCGCGCUAGCACUCGCGGCGAUCGCGAUCGCGACCGCGCGCGCCCACUUGUCCUCCCACGAUAACAUACUCAGAAUACAACUCUGGGACGCCGAAGGUCUCAGUAGAGACCCUAUAACGACCCAAACUCCCACCACCAAAGUUUCUAAACAUAAGUUGAAAGUAAACUUAGACUUGCUCAACAACGCGAUGCUGGAAGAAGGAUACGGAAGUUUCGGUAGAUUCACCAGGCACAAAGUGCGGCACAAGCGGCGGAAACCCAGACAGAGUGGCACCGACCUUCCUUGGAGAUUCCACUCCGGGGACGAGUUACUUAACGUGGCAGUGUACAACGAUGACGUGCCCUGGAAUGUAAUAGAAGGGGACUCGAAGACCGUGAAUAUCAGUGAUAUAGUGAGUGCGAGUGCGAAUUUGGGUGUGGAAGAUAAGCGGGAAGUCUCCCCGCCGAUGACUCUGCGUCAGGACGACGAUGAGGAGGAGGGCCCAAAGCUGCCAGUGGUGCCAAAGUGCUGUGCAAGCGGUCAGAACCUGAGCAUCACGCACGACCUGGAAGGAAAUGUCAAGUCCGAGUGCGUCCGGACCACUCUCACCUUCCAGCCGAUGUUUUAUAAGAGCAAUGACACACACAUAUGGAGCUAUGAUAGCAACCUCUAUGAAACCAUCGUUGGAAAUCCUUGCAUUUAUGACAGAUAUCGAUUAGAACCAGACCAAGACAGCAAUGAUGAGUUUUAUCUCCUCGUCAAUGGUUCCCUAUUCGUUCCAUACUCGACUCCCCCAUUUUUGGGUACGAAAGACUUCUGUAUGGAGACUUUUUGGAACGAGUCAAACCCGGCGGGGGUGACUUUACCCCUAGUUUGUUUUACAGCUUCUUCUGCAGAUACUUCUACGUCAGCGACACUGAUUGCUUAUGCUAUUGGUUUACUAAUAUCAGUGCCGUUUCUGCUAUUCACGGCGUUCAUCUACAUUUACAUCACUGAACUGAGAGACACUCACGGCAAAUCGCUGGCAUGCCAUACAAUUUGCCUGGCUAUGGCGUUUUUGUGUUUGGCCGCCACUCAGCUGGCCGGACACGCGUUUCCAAUUACCGUAUGCUCGGUUAUGGCAUACCUCAUCCAAUUCUCGUUUGUGUCAUGCUUCUUCUGGCUUAACGUCAUGUGUUUUGAUACAUUUUUAAAUGUUAGGCGAUACAUAGACGCUUCCCUUACGAGGCGGAGCAUGAGAAGACGAUUCGCGUGGUACUGCGCGUACGCAGUAGUGUUGCCAGUAGUUCUACUAAUAGUCACUAUCACUAUGGACCUAUCGCCGGCUGUUCCUAGCACUUAUCUUAAACCUAACUUUGGAGUAAAAGGGUGCUGGUUCAAAACGGACCAAGCAGCUUUGCCUUAUUUCUACGGACCAGUGGCUGUCAUCCUUAUCACCAAUGUUAUAUUCUUUGUGUUGACAUCGCGGGCUUUUGCAGUUCACUAUGAUAAACUAAAAGAUGUCACGCCAUUAGACUUGGCGCACUCAGACUUCAGUAACUCAGACGACUGGGUCCGGAUGAGUACGGUGCUGGGGCAGCCGCUGCAGCCCAGGGAGAGGCCGGCGUCGCCUCCGCAGGACCCUCCAGUCAAUUUUGGCCAGAGGUUAAAGAGAUAUAAGAAGAUAUUCCGUAAGUGCUGCAUCCUUUCCUUCAUCAUGGGGCUGUCCUGGGCCCUCGAGGUGGUGUCCUGGGCCGCCGGUGCUGGGUCUAGCACGGUGUCGGUGUGGUCGAUGUUCGACCUCAUCAACGCGUUGCAAGGAGUCGUCAUAUUUUGCAUCUUCGUACUACAGCAACCUGUGCGACAUAUUGUUUUGACCUCGAAGCUCUUCAAAUCUUGCCGAAGGAAAAAGGACGGGUCGGAAGUAUCAGUAGUGAGUGAAAGAAACAGUAUUAUUGGCCCUGGAAAAAGGGACUAUGUGUAGUGAUAUACUGCGGAAAAUCGAACUAUGGGGUCGAGACUGAUUGUAGUUAUAACAGUAUUAUAAAGGACAUAUGGAUAUUUUUAUAUUUAACUUAUUUUUAUUUCUAUCUAAAUUUAAUUAUUUUCUCAAUAAUUUUGCUAUUCAUAAAAGUACGUUAUAAUGUUUUUUAUUAUGUUCGAGAAAAUCUCUACAUUUUCGAUGCUCUGUAUAGAUGUUGGUUAUAUAAAUUAAAAAAAAAAACAUCCGCCAUAUAUGAAACUGACAAUGGAUCAAUAUUUUAUUACUUUAUUAUAAAUAAGUAUACCUACCUAAAACGAAUUUUUUUUUAAAGUCACUUUAUCAAUUUAUUUAUCUAAAACAUAUUGUGUUUUAAAAAAUUACAGAAGAACAGUUUCAUUUUAUUGUUAAUAUACUACCAACACCAAAAAUCAUUUGCAUUUUAAAAAAUUAAAUUACUUAGAUUAGAGAAUAUAAUACUGGUAUUAUUUUUCUUUUGUUCCUAUAUUAAUAUCGUAAAUAUUUUUCUCGUCUAUACUUACGUUACCGAUUUAGAAGAAAGAUAAAUCUUGUAAAAUAUAAGGUAAUAUUUAAUCAUAACUAUACGUUUCAAAUAAAUGAAAUUUAUUUAGUUUUAAUAUUUGCCUAAUAAAUAUUUAUUUUAGUUCAAUAUUUGUAAUAGUAUAUAGAUAAAGUUUAAGUGAGUUAUUUUUGUAACGAUUCAUAAAAAAAUGCACGACCAAGGUAUUUAUAAAUUUAAUAGUUUUAGAUUUCUUUAGAUAAAUGUUUUUGGUUAGGUCGACGUUUUAUUUAAACACAUAUUUACUUACAACACAAAAUUUUUUCAACAAUUUGUACUUUAAUUUUUACGUUUAAGUAAUCAAUUAGCCACUGCACUAAUUAUUGGCUAUAGGAAUCAAAUUGUGAAAAUUAAGCCCAGUUUCAGCAAGAUUAUGCUUUUUCUUAUGAGUGAGCCAAGAACAGUCAGUUUAGGUGUAAAAUUAAAACAGUCUUUAAACCUAAUAGCGAUAAAUAAAGAAUAUACAUUUAAGUUGUUUAUGAAACAGAUAAUUUAUUCUUACUUAAUAAUAAGUACGUAUAUGUAUUGUUUCAUACAUAAAAUAUAUCUACGUACUUUUACAAAACAUUCCUAAAGAACUUAUAUAAAUGUGUUAAGUUUAUGCUUACUACCUAAGUAAAUUAUAAAUUGUAAAAUAAAUAGUGCCAUAAUUCAAAAGCAGAUAGUGAAAAGUAGUUAAUUUCUAUUUUAUGGAAAGCUAGUCAUAAUGAAAUAAAUUACUGUAUUUAAUUUAUAUAGUUUAUAAUUUAUUUAUUUUUAAAAACUAAAUGUCAUUUUCUGAUUUUUUUAAUUAAGACUUAAGUUUUGAACUGUUAUUGAACUCCCUCUCUCUCACUCUUUUUUUAGUUAUAAAUUCAUGUUGUUAUAAUAAAAUUGCCAGCUAUUGUCUGCCUCAGGCGUUACUUUGUUUAAAAUAUAGACAUUGUAUACAGAUAAUGUAACUUUCGAGGUUGUUUAUAGUGUGUGGAGGGCGUAAACAGUGGAAGUGUGGUUAAAAAUUUAUGUUGACAGAUCACACAACCAUGGCUAUAUUGUUAAGCAGCAAAAGAAAUAUUUUUUUUUACUACCGUGUAGAGGCUUAUCUUGAUUGAUUUAUAUACCUUCUAACGAUUUCAGCCAUGAAAAUUAUCAAGUUUACUUAGGAAGCGAACUGACUUAAUAAUUUUCACGAUUAAAAAUCAGCGUUAAUUAAUGAUUAAAAAUGUAUUUUUAACGUCAGCACUCUGAUGCGUGAGAACGAAAACAGUCGUUGAAAAUAGGCAUAAGAUUGUAAAUUGUGAAGUACAAUGUACAUAAGUUAUUUUGUGUAAUUUAUGGUGAAUAAAUUCAAUGUAAAAUAAAUGUGGAUAAGACUGUCCUAUAUGGAUAAUGGAACGAAUACGUAAUAGAGUUAUUAAAAGACCAUUACGAAGAUAAGGGGAAGCGGAACGCCGAAAUAUACCAAAUUGUAAAAAAAUAAUAAUUCGUGAUAACAUACCACAAUAGCACUUUUACAAAGUUGAAUUUUUAUAUGAAUUCAGGUCACGUUUUACGUAUAUAUUUUCAUGAUAAUUUGUUAUAAAAAUUGAGAAUCCACGACAAUAAUUAGAUUAAAUGUGACCUAAUUAAUUUCCAGUUAUUAUUAUUUUUCGUUACACUCCAUGUUUGUUCUUUUUAUAAACUUAUCUUCAAUAAGAAAAUAAUGUAUAUUAUUUAGUAUUAUAUUGUACAUCAUAGGUUAGUAUAGUAACUAAGCGUAUAAUUGUGUAACUAUGUAAUAUAAUAUUGUUAAAUGUUGAUGCGGAAUUUUUAAGUGAAACGACAAUUUAAAUGAUGUAUAUUUGUCUAUUUUGCAAAACAUGACGUUAAAUAAACAAGCUUUAUAUAAAACC